AUGGCUUGUGUGAGAAUGUCAUCUAUGUCACUGCUGCUGUUCCUGUGUCUGGUGGCAGUAGUGAAAGCAGGAGUUGCAAUACCACGAAAUCCAGGAUGUCCAACUUCUGAGAACAAGAACUCCCCUCAGCAUGUGAUGGUUAACCUAAAGACCCUUGACCGGAAAACAAAUUUCAGAAGGGCUUCAGAUUAUCACAAUCGAUCAACUUCUCCUUGGAAUUACCGUGUGGAUGAGGACCCCGAGAGAUAUCCCCCAGUGAUCUUGCAAGCCACUUGCCGCCACAUGGGCUGUGUCAAUGCUGAAGGGAAGGUAGACCAUCAUAUGAACUCCGUCCCCAUUAAACAAGAGAUCCUGGUCCUUCGAAGAGAGCCUCGACACUGCCUCCACUCCUUCAGGCUGGAGAAAAUGCUGGUGGAUGUUGGUUGCACGUGUGUCACCCCCAUUGUCCACUAUGCAGCUUAA